AUGCCUCGAGAAAAAGGUGGAAGGAACCAAGGGGGACCAGCAGGCCUUACAGUUGCUCAGGAAGGGCAAGCCAAUGAAGGGGAGAAUGGAGCUUCUGGAGGGGUGGAUAACGCAGAGGGUAUGGAGCCAACUUUGUCAGAUGUGAUGGCCGUUCUUCAUGCUCACAUGGGGCAGCAGGAGGCCCGAGAGGCAAGGCAGACUGAGGUGAAAUCUGCAGUAUUUGCUAAAUAUGACAUUAAUCCUGAGACAUACAGGCAGAGAUUUCGCUCCCUAGAGGUCAACCCUGAUGAGAGCCCCAAGGAGCUCUAUGCAAGGCUCAAGGAGCUUUAUGCGAAGUGGAUUCAGCCAAAAGGUAAAACCAUCCAAGAAAUUGGUGAAAUUAUUAUAUUUGAGCAGUAUUUGAGAAUGGUGUCCCCAGAGCUUCAGGUCUGGAUCCGAGAACAUGACACAGAUUCAGCAAUGGAGGCUGCAAGGCUGGCUGAUGUUUUUUGUGGCUGCACGGCAGAAGGGACAACCAUGGAGCUACAACCUAUGGAGAACAAAGGACAACUGGAAACCAGCUUACCAACCAGUGACCGGUGUGGAGCUCCUCUCCAACCUCUACCCAUCAUUGGCACCCCAUUUGAGCGGCUGGGCAUGGACAUUGUGGGCCCCGUUGAAAGGAGCAAAGCAGGGAAUCGUUACAUGCUGGUCAUAACCGAUUAUGCUACAAAGUACCCUGAAGUCUUUCCACUUAAAUCUAUAAAAGCCAAAGCAGUUGCUUUCUGUCUGGUGCAGUUCUUUGCCAGAGUUGGUUUCCCUUGGGAAAUCCUGACUGAUCAAGGAACUAACUUCAUGUCUUUGCUGCUGAAACAGGUGUACCAGCUACUAGGAAUAAGAAGCCUGAGGACUACACCGUAUCACCCCCAAACAGAUGGACUGACGGAGCGCUUUAAUCAGACCUUGAAGCAGAUGCUCCGGAAAUUUGUCAACAACAGCGGUACAGACUGGGAUCAGUGGCUGCCAUAUCUCCUCUUCGCAUACAGGGAAGUACCCCAAGCCUCUACUGGCUUCUCUCCGUUUGAACUUCUGUACGGGCAUGAAGUGCGAGGUCCUCUCUCACUGAUGAGAGAGAUUUGGGAGGGAGGAAAGGAGAGGGGGGAAUCCGUUAAUGUCAUAUCCUAUGUUGUCCAGAUGAGGGAACGAUUGGAGAAAAUGAGUGAGCUUGCCCAAGCGCACAUGGUGGAGGCCCAGCAACAGCAGAAGUCCUGGUACGAUCGAUCGGCCCGACAGAGGUCCUUUAACCCUGGACAGAAAGUGCUAGUGCUCCUCCCCAGUGAUGACAAAAAGCUUCUGGCAAAGUGGCAAGGACCGUUUGAGAUUCUCAAGAAACUAGGGCCCACUACGUACCAGGUGUCAACCCCAGGGAAACCACGGUCAAGUAGGAUACUACAUAUAAAUCUCCUGAAGGAGUGGGUGCAGCGUCCAGAAAGAAAAGAAGUGAUGCUCAUCAGAGUUGUGCAAGAGGAAGAGGAAGUGGAUGAACAAUACUUACCUUCAGCUGGGGUUCCAGUGGACCAUGACCUCGACCACCUUUCUGAAGACAAGCAGCUCCAGGUGAGAGACAUCUGUAAUUCAGAAGUAUUCCAGGAGAAUCCUGGUAGGACAAAUAUUGUUGAACAUAACAUUGUUGUUAAAGAAGGGGCUUCCGUGAGACGACUUAGUUACAGGAUCCCUGAACGCUUACUGGCUUCACUGGAAAAGGAGAUUCAACUGAUGUUGUCCCUGGGGAUCAUCGAGACUUCAAGAAGUGAGUGGUGUCACCCAGUGGUGCUGGUGCCAAAGAAGGAUGGCAGCAUACGGUUCUGCAUUGACUUCAGGUACCUAAAUUCAGUUUCUCAGUUUGAUUCCUAUCCUACACCAAGAAUUGAUGAACUGCUUGAACGACUGGGCAAAGCAAAAUACUUGACCACAUUAGAUCUGUGCAAGGGUUAUUGGCAGGUUCCACUCACUGAGCGAUCCAGAGAGCUGACAGCCUUCAGGACUCCAUUGGGUCUCUUCCAGUUUACGGUCCUGCCAUUUGGGUUGCACGGAGCUCCUGCCACCUUCCAGAGGCUCAUGGACCAGGUACUAUGUGAUUUCACUGGUUUUGCGUCUGCAUAUCUGGAUGAUAUUGUCAUUUACAGUAACACCUGGAAGGAGCAUUUGGAACAUCUGCAGGCUGUCUUGGACUGUCUCCACUCUGCCGGGCUGACCAUAAACCCAUCAAAGUGUGUCUUUGCGGCUGCAGAGACGGCAUACCUGGGCCAUAUCAUCGGAAAUGGGGUGAUACGGCCACAGGUCAACAAGAUCCAGGCCAUAGAGUCAUGUCCUUUGCCACAGACAAAGAAACCACUUCGAUCUUUUCUGGGCAUGGCAGGCUUUUACCAUCGCUUCAUACCGCAGUUCUCCACCAGGGCAGCUCUUCUCACAGACCUGACUGGAUCCCGGUGGCCCAAUCAGAUCCUGUGGACAGAGGAUGCAAUGGCAGCUUUCUAUGACAUCCGGCAAUCACUAAGUAAGGAACCAGUUUUGUACAGUCCAAACUUUGAUGAACAGUUUAUUCUGCAAACCGAUGCUUCUGACAGGGGUCUGGGGGCGGUGCUUCUCCAGGGACCACCUGGUGACCGCCAUCCAGUCGCUUACAUCAGCAGGAAGAUGUUCCCAAGAGAGGUUCGGUAUUCAACAGUGGAAAAGGAGGCCCUGGCUAUCAAGUGGGCUCUCGACUCCUUAAGGUACUACCUCCUAGGCAGGGAAUUCACCCUUGAGACGGACCACAAAGCUCUUCAGUGGAUGGAAAGGAUGAAGGAUAGCAAUGGCAGAAUAACCAGGUGGUACCUGGCACUCCAAACUUUCCGCUUCAACAUCCAGCACAUCCCAGGCAAGAACAACCUCACAGCUGACUACCUCUCUCGCAGUUCCAGCGAGAGUCCUGAAGAGGGGGCGUGUGUGAUGGCCUAA